CAAGAAACAAUACACAGUACACUUACUCCAACAUAACAUAAAGAGAAGAGAUGAAUCUUAUGAUGAUAUCUUUGAAACUACUUUUGUUCAUGAAUUUGUCCAUCAUCAUCAUCACAUGCAAGGCCAAUCCUAACCAACAAGGUGAACACCUCUCUAAGUUCAUUCAUUCAAAGAGGUCUCAAAAUAAUAAUAACAACAAUCCAUCAUCAUCAUCAUCAUUGGAAGCUUUCCAUUCUCAUCUUCCACAACUACAUGUUGAUGAUGAUGAUGAUGAACAAUCUAAGCUUAAAGAAGAUGAUAAAGUUGAAGGUCUACCAGGACAACCUGAAGGAGUGGAUUUUGAUCAAUAUGCUGGCUAUAUAACUCUUGAUGCAAACAAAGGGAAAGCACUCUUCUACUACUUUGUUGAGUCACCUCAAAAUUCUUCCACCAACCCUCUUCUUCUAUGGCUCAAUGGAGGGCCAGGGUGCUCUUCUCUGGGGUUUGGAGCAAUGGAAGAAUUGGGACCUUUUAGAAUCAAUAGUGAUGGAAGAACACUUUACAGAAAUCCAUAUGCAUGGAACAAUGUUGCAAACGUGAUUUUCCUAGAAUCACCAGCAGGUGUUGGAUUUUCAUAUUCAAAAACUUCCUCGGACUAUGCUAAAAUUGGCGACAGCAUCACCGCCUUGGAUUCUUACACAUUCCUUGUGAAGUGGCUUGAGAGAUUCCCACACUACAAAACACGUGACUUCUUCAUAACUGGAGAAAGCUAUGCUGGCCAUUAUGUCCCUCAGCUUGCUCACACUAUUCUCUCAUAUAAUAACAUUGCAGCGUCAAAUCAUCAAACAGUUAUCAACUUAAAAGGAAUUGCGGUUGGAAAUGGAUGGAUAGAUGAUAAUUUGUGUACAAAGGGUAUGUAUGAUUAUUAUUGGUCACAUGCUCUAAGCUCUGACGAAUCACAUUCUGGAAUUGAAAAAAAUUGUGACUAUGUUAGCGGUAAUUUCUCUAAUGAAUGCAUCAAAUAUAUGAACAUGGCUGAUGUUGAAGUUGGUGAUAUUGACAUAUACAACAUAUAUGCUCCACUUUGUGAUUCUUCAUCUUCAUCAAAAUCUCCUGGCAAUGAUUUCGACCCUUGUUCUGAUCAUUACACAAAGUCCUACUUGAAUCUCCCAGAAGUUCAAAAGGCCCUUCAUGCUAAAGCCACAAAUUGGUCUUCUUGCAGCCUGGUGGGAUGGACGGAUAGUCCAGCAAGUAUUCUACCAACUAUAAAUAGAUUAAUAUCAAGUAACAUAAGCAUCUGGAUUUAUAGUGGCGAUACAGAUGGUCGAGUUCCCAUAACUUCAUCUAGGUAUUCAAUAAAUGCCCUCAAACUUCCAGUACAGACACCUUGGCGUUCAUGGUAUUCUGCCAAUCAGGUUGGAGGAUAUGUUGUUGGGUAUAAAGGGCUCACUCUUGUAACUGUAAGAGGAGCAGGGCACACUGUUCCAAGCUACCAACCUCAGAGGGCUCUAACCAUGAUCUCAUAUUUUCUCAAUGGAGAACUUCCACCAAAGAAUUAAAAUUCUCUAAAGUAUAUUGGUUAGGAAAAAAUUGAUGUGAAGUCUUGGUAGAUAAGUCUCAUGCCUAAUUCAGGGGGAAAAGAUAAACAAAAAAUAGAAUGGCUCCUACUGUGUGUUUAAAAAGAGUAUAAAUAAUUCAUUUCACUGCUUAUUUCAAA